AUGAUAUUCGUUGUUAGCAAAAGGGAUGUUCCCAACAAAGAUCCUCAGUCUAUGACAGGCUCGUUUAUAUCCAUAUAUCGCAACGUCACACAGCAUAUCAUUUACGACUCGGUCCGAGUGGACGGACGUGGUGAUGGCGUCAUUCAUGAAGUCCAACUUCGCGACAGACCUGCUGUUCAGGAAGAGACGGACUCUCCAAAGGUACCACCGAACUUCAGCAAAAACAAAAUUACAUACCGAGUUGCUGCUCUGCGAGCGAAGGUUGAAGAGAAAUCUCAGGAAGUAAACGCGCUGAAAGAUCGUCAGAGCGUUCUGCAAAGGAGAGUGGAAGUGUUGGACAAGAUUGUUGGAGAGGUUGGCGAAAGCGUGGUCAAGCCUCCGAAGGAAGCCAAGGAGUCGUUUGCGCUUAACGCGGAAACUUUAGAAAAUCUUACCAAAUUUUACUCCUUCUAUGAUGAAAGCUCAAUGGCGGUCCGCACCGAACAGCGCAAUGUCAAUAAGAGUUUGGAGAAAGCGGAAAGGGAAUUGGCAGCUCUGGAAGCAGAGCUGCGGAAUGCGGAAGCGGCUUGUUCUGUGCAUUAUUAUAGCAAGUGAGU